AAAACUAUAUUUAUGCUUCCACAAACAUCGCCGUAAUUCUACAUGGCGGAUCUGAUCUACAAAAAGAAGGAACAACAAACGAAUCCGCAGUAAAAGGAGCACGUGAAGGAUAUUUUGCGCAAAAAGCGACUCAUGAAGUGGCGGAUAAAUAUCCCGGAAAAAAGUUUGGGAUAAUUAAUUUUGAGUUCACACCGCCUGUGAAGAAUAUCGCGAGUAUUCUGUUUGCAGAAGAUCAACAAGGGUUCGUUGCGGGUCUAUUGGCUGCUGAAAUCUCGAAGAAGAGGAAUAAGAAAGUUGCUGUUGUCGGUGGUGCUAGUAAAUAUUCCACCAGUCAAAAGAAAGUUAACGGCUUUGCGAAUGGAGUAAAACAUGCUUGCGCUGAUUGCACCGCAUACUGUCUCUACAACAAAUCUUUUGUGAAUGAAAAUAACGAAUCACAAGAUAUCUUCAACUCAAUAUCAACUAACAAAGGCAUCAACGUCGUAUACAAUGCGGCAAGCAUAACCGGUACGACCACUCUUAAAAAUCUAACUGCUAAUGAGAUUUACGGGAUUGGCGAUACAACUGACGAGAUAACUAAUUGGGCGUACGGUUCGGUUCCUGGCUCGGAAAAUCUUCUAACUUCGAUCGUACAAGAUUAUCAAGUAGUCGUUCGCGGAAUGCUAAAAAACAAUUUCGCAACUGGCGGCAUGCGAAAUAAAUACGCCAAAUCUAAAGAGAAUAUGCAAAAUUACAUUGGUAAAAUUGCUAAUCGACAAAUUGACGUCGGGAUUGAUCAUAAAAGCGGAAAAUCGAAAAUUUCUCCCGGAAGUACCUCAUGCACAAUGUUGGAGAUUAAUAAGUCCUAUUCAUCGAAAGACGGUGUUGAAAAUCAUCGUCGUAGUGAUCAUGAUAACAUCGACCAUGAAAGAAAAAGCGCG